AUGUGUUUUGUGAUUUGUGUAGAGACUCUGCUGGACACUCGAUGGGCAACAUCUGAGCUGGCGUGGGUUGUACGUCCAGAAUCUGGAUGGGAAGAAGUGAGUGGAUAUGACGAUGCAUCAAACCCGAUACGGACUUAUCAGGUGUGUAAUGUGCAGAUGACAAAUCAAAAUAAUUGGCUUCGGACGCAGUUUAUCCCAAGGAAGGACGUACAGCGUGUCUAUGUGGAGUUGAAGUUCACUGUACGAGACUGUAAUAGUCUUCCAAACAUUCCAGGAUCCUGCAAAGAGACUUUUAAUUUAUUUUACUAUGAAUCUGACACUGAUUCGGCGUCAGCAGACAGUCCCUUUUGGAUGGAGAAUCCGUACGUUAAAGUGGAUACCAUUGCACCUGAUGAAAGUUUCUCAAGUCGUGACUCGGCUCGCGUGAACACCAAAGUUCGAAGUUUUGGUCCACUGUCCCGUGCUGGCUUUUAUUUGGCAUUUCAAGAUUUGGGGGCUUGUGUUUCUUUAAUUUCAGUACGCGUUUUCUACAAGAAGUGUCCACGCACGGUUGCUGGAUUUGCAAGUUUUCCAGAGACCUUGACGGGCGCUGAGCCCACCUCAUUGGUAAUUGCCCCUGGAGCUUGUGUACCUAAUGCCCUGGAGGUUUCUGUCCCACUCAAACUAUAUUGCAAUGGAGAUGGGGAAUGGAUGGUACCUAUCGGUGUCUGCACAUGUGCACCUGGUUAUGAGGCGGCUGCUAAGAACACACAGUGCCAAGCCUGCAGCCGAAGUACAUACAAGUCCAAGCAAGGUGAGGGACCCUGUCUUCCUUGUCCUUCUAACAGUCGAGCAAGUUCUUCUGCAACAACGGUCUGUGCCUGCGUUGCUGGAUUCUAUAGGGCUGAUGGAGAGACACCUGAAACGCCAUGCACAUCUGUUCCUUCAGCCCCUCGACAUGUGAUUUCCAAUGUGAACGAGACAUCUGUUGUCCUUGAAUGGGGAGAACCUGCUGUUUUAGGUGGCCGUGAAGAUAUUUCAUAUAAUGUCAUCUGUAAAAAGUGCUCGGAUCGGAUGUGCAGCCGCUGUGAUGAUAAUGUGCAGUUUUGGCCUCGUCAGCUUGGGGUCAUCCAGAGACUUGUCUCAGUCAGCCAUCUUCAGGCACAUACCAAGUACAGCUUUGAAAUCCAGGCUGUAAAUGGGGUAUCUAACAGGAGCCCCCAGCCUCCGAGUUACUACACUGUAAAUAUAACAACCAACCAAGCAGCCCCUUCAGCCGUUCCUAUAGUACAGUCUCUUGGCAGUUCAGCGGGUUCUCUCACUUUGUCCUGGGCUCCACCUGAGAGCCCCAACGGAAUCAUUUUGGAUUAUGAGAUAAAAUAUUAUGCAAAAGGCCACAGUGGUGCAGGAAACACAGUGACCAGCCAGCGCACAAGUGUUCGUAUGGAAGGCUUGUUUCCAGACUCCGUGUAUGUGGUUCAGGUUCGAGCUCGUACAGUGGCUGGAUAUGGGGCAUACAGCGAGCCACGGGAGUUUCCGACAUUAGCAGAAGAUGGGGAUCGGAGCAGUCUUCAGGAGCAGGUCCCGAUGGUUGUUGGCUCUGUGACCGCUGGGCUGAUUUUUAUAAUUGCAGUUGUCGUUAUUGUAAUUGUGUGUUUCAGGAAGCAUAGAAAUGACCCAGAAUCUGAAUAUACAGAACUGCAACAAUACAUGGUUCCUGGCAUGAAGCUGUACAUUGAUCCAUUCACUUAUGAAGAUCCUAAUGAAGCCGUGCGCGAUUUUGCUAAAGAAAUUGACAUUUCGUGUGUGAAGAUUGAAGAAGUGAUUGGUGCAGGUGAGUUUGGGGAGGUUUGCCGUGGACGACUUAAACAAGCAGGACGCAGGGAGCAGCUGGUGGCAAUCAAGACUCUGAAAGCAGGCUAUACCGAACAGCAAAGACGUGACUUUCUGGGGGAAGCGAGCAUUAUGGGGCAGUUUGAUCAUCCAAACAUCAUACGGCUAGAGGGAGUUGUGACCAGGAGCCGUCCGGUGAUGAUCUUAACAGAGUUUAUGGAGAACGGAGCCCUUGACUCCUUCCUAAGGAUGAAUGACGGGCAGUUUACAGUUAUCCAGCUAGUGGGCAUACUGCGUGGCAUUGCAUCAGGAAUGAAGUAUCUAUCUGAGAUGAACUAUGUUCACCGUGAUCUUGCUGCCCGUAAUAUCCUGGUGAACAGCAAUCUCGUCUGUAAAGUGUCUGACUUUGGUCUGUCCAGGUUCUUGGAGAACAGCCGAUCUGACCCCACAUAUACCAGCUCUCUGGGAGGAAAGAUUCCAAUUCGCUGGACUGCUCCAGAAGCAAUCUCAUAUAGAAAGUUCACAUCUGCUAGUGAUGUUUGGAGUUAUGGUAUUGUUAUGUGGGAAGUGAUGUCGUAUGGUGAAAGACCUUACUGGGACAUGUCAAAUCAAGAUGUAAUUAAUGCAGUGGAACACAAGACUAUCGCUUGCCGCCUCCUAUGGAUUGCCCAUCUGCUCUGCACCAGCUCAUGCUCGACUGUUGGCUCCGUGAUCGCAACCUGAGGCCUAAGUUCUCACAGAUUGUUAGCUCCUUGGACAAGUUAAUACGCAAUGCGGCUAGUCUAAAAGUGACCAGCACAGCUCAAGCAGGUGUGUCCCAGCAGCUUUUAGACCGUACUGUACCAGACUAUACAACGUUUCCUACUGUGGGUGAUUGGUUGGAGGCGAUCAAGAUGGGCCAGUAUCAAGAGAACUUUCUGAGUGCUGGAUUCACCUCUUUUCACCUAGUGGCUCAAAUGACGGCUGAGGACUUGCUCCGAAUCGGGGUGACACUUGCUGGCCAUCAAAAGAAGCUUCUCCAUAGUGUCCAAGACAUGAGGCUGCAAAUGAGCCAAACUCUUCCAGUCCAGGUGUAA